CACUGAGCUCUGCAGACGCAUCUGAACCGGCUCCGGUGCUGAACGCCAGGCUGGUGUUGGGACAACAGGAGUGAUUCAGAAGACUGAGAGUUGGGAAUAAAGCCGUAGCAAUGCGGAUUUCCCUGCUGGACUGCACUGGUUUCACACCUCCAACUUGACAGAAACGUCUGACAAAAGCUGAAGUCUGCUGGCUGUGAGAAGCCCUGUACCCAGGAAACAUGAGUGUAAAACUCUCUCAGGGGGCAGUUGAAGCCCUGUGCAGAGGCUCGGAGGUGAGAGGUUGUGUGCUGCAGCUGCUGAACAUACGUCAGAUCCCUAGUGCUGCUGGUCCACCCAGGUACCGGCUCAUGAUGAGCGACGGUCAGCACUCUUGGUCAUCCUUCCUGCUGGCCACACAGUUAAACCACCUGCCAGAGAAUGACCUCCUGGUACCUAAUUGUGUGUGUAAGGUGAAGAAGACGGUCACCAACACAUUGUCAGAUGGCAGGACUGUGGUGAUUGUGAUGGACAUGGAGAUACUGCAGUCGGCUGAUGAAACUGGAGGGAAGAUUGGAAAUCCCACUCCAUAUAAUAAGGACGGUAAGAUGUCAGCCCAACAGGAUACGGAAACUGAAGUCUCAAGUUCCUCUGUCCCACCUUCUCCUCCAUCUGCUGCAGCACCUGGACCCUCCUAUUCGAACAACAGCAGAGCCCUUUCUCCUCCCCGAGGCAGCGGAAGAGGCUUUGUGGGAAAGUCACCCAUGAAGGCUCCACCCUCGAAGUUUUCACCUUCACCAAUGAAAGCUUCACCCUCGAAGUUUUCACCCUCAAAGUUUUCCCCCUCACCUAUGAAAGGCUCCCCCUCAAAGUUUUCCCCCUCGAAAUUUUCCCCCUCGAAGUUUUCCCCCUCGAAGUUUUCCCCCUCGAAGGCCGGAAGUUCUUCUCCAGGUUCAUCAACCAAUGUGCUUCCCAUUGCUCAACUGAAUCCCUACCAGAGCAAGUGGACUAUCAGAGCCCGAGUCACCAACAAGUCCAGCAUCCGCAACUGGAGUAACUCUAAGGGAGAGGGAAAGCUCUUCUCCUUUGAGAUAGUGGAUGAGAGUGGAGAGAUCAGGAUCACCGCCUUCAACAAGGAAGUGGACAAGUUUUACUCUCUAGUGGAGCAAGGCAAGGUGUACUACAUCACCAAGGGUACGCUGAAGGCGGCCAACAAACAGUACACCACAGUGAAGAACGACUACGAGAUGACCCUCCACGCACAUUCAUCCAUUGUGCCAUGUGAUGAUGGUCAGGGCAUCCCCGCAGUGCACUGUGACUUUGUGCCCAUCGCAGAGCUGGAGAACAGAGACAAGGACGCCAUAAUCGAUGUGAUUGGAGUGUGCAAGAGCGCAGAUGAUGUAUCCCGUAUCACCACGAAGACCAGCAGAGAAGUCUCCAAGAGGGCCCUCAACCUAAUAGACACAACUGGCAAAGAGGUGGCAGUCACAUUGUGGGGGGAGGAGGCGGAGAAGUUUGACGGGUCUGGACAGCCUGUGGUCGCCGUCAAAGGGGCUCGCUUGUCUGAUUUCGGGGGCAGAUCUCUCUCUGCUUUGUUCAGUUCAACAGUCAUGGUCAACCCAGACAUACCGGAGGCCUUCAGACUGAGGGCCUGGUUCGAUCGGGAAGGCUACGCGGCGGACAGCCAAUCCCUGACAGAGACGAGGUCGGUGGGGAGCGGAGCGAGGAUGAACUGGAAAGCACUGAGCGACAUUAAGGAUGAACAAAUGGGACACGGAGAGAAGGCGGAGUAUUUCAGCUGCGUAGCGACGGUGGUGUACACUCGAAAGGAGAACUGUCUGUACCCGGCCUGUCCGUCUGCAGACUGCAACAAGAAAGUUAUAGACCAGAACAACGGACUGUACCGCUGCGAGAAGUGUAACAGAGAGUACCCAAACUUCAAAUACAGACUCCUGCUCUCUGCCAACUUGGCGGACUUCGGGGAUAACCAGUGGGUGACAUGCUUCCAGGAGACAGCUGAGGUCCUGUUGGGUCAAAGUGCAGAAACGUUGGGAGAGCUGAGAGAAACAGACGAGGCUGCAUUUGAUCAAGUCUUCCAGAAAGCCAACUUCACCACUCACAUCUUUAAAAACAGAGUCAAACUGGAGACGUACAAUGAUGAGAGUCGAGUGAAGGUAACCGUGAUGGAGGUCCAGCCGGUGGACCACAGGGACUACAGCAGGAGACUCCUCAGCAACAUCCGAAAAUUGGCCAGAUGAACUCUGUCCCGGUCACGAUCGACCGCCUGGUGAUUAAAAAACAUCUUCCGCUGGUCUGUGACUGGUGUCCGGCUUUCUCCAGCAGUGAGAUAACAGCAUAUCUGACUGAGGCAGCAGAAGGGCGGCCGGUGAUUCAUCUGAUCAAAUGGCAGCCAAACAAAAGACUGAUAUUUAGUUAGCUCACUUCCUUCACCAGGCUUGUUGUGAAACAGAGAAAAUGGCUUUAACCUUUUAAUGUAAUGACAUUUUUACAAAGAGGUUUGACAGUUUCAUUACAUAUAACCGUGUUAGAGCGUCUCCAUCUUUUUUUUUAAUUUAUUUCCUGAAUGAGAAUCACAGAGUUGUCUGUUGUUAAUGCCGGUGACUCAUCGCUUUGGUUUAAGAUCUGUGUUGGUGAUGCUCAUUGUUAGUUCAAGACGUAGAUAAUUGUUUUAAUCUUCAUUGUUUGGUUUUAGAAAAUGUGUGGCCAGAAAGCUGAGUGCUGUUUUAACUCUCCUCUCUCUGUCUUCUGUUCUUUGCUUAAGUUUUAUAACAUAAUGUAAAUGUUUGCUUCCAAAAAAAAAAAAAAAAAAAAGUCACUCCAGGUGAUUAAAAGGACGUCAAGAUGAAAA